ACGCAAGAAGCUGCCGCAUUGCAUUGUGGUCGCUGGUGCCGGACGGGAAACAGAAACUAAACGACUCUCCAGCCAAAUAAGUAUUCAGCCAGGACCGGGGCAUACUUGUUAACUUGUUGGUGACCUUUGACCGCCAACACAGCAGCCAUGUCGUCGACAUCCCAAAAGCAUAAAGAUUUUGUGGCUGAGCCCAUGGGUGAGAAGCCUGUGACGGCUCUUGCAGGCAUAGGAGAGGUCCUUGGCCAAAGACUGGAGGAGAAAGGUUUUGAUAAGGCGUAUGUCGUCCUCGGGCAGUUUCUAGUGCUAAAGAAAGACGAAGAGCUUUUCCGGGAUUGGCUGAAGGACACUUGCAGGGCUAAUGUCAAACAACAAGGUGACUGCUUUGGCUGCCUUAAAGAAUGGUGUGAUGCCUUCUUGUAAAGCAUUCAGCCUUCGUUUUCUAAUUCUAAAGUCCAAACUGGACAUUUGCUCCUCAGUGAUCUUAAUUCAAUUCAGCUACACUCUAUCUAUACAUCUCUCUCUAUAUAUACUGACACUCUUCACACGCCUGAGGUUCUCAAAGUUAAUUUAUUAUGAACUUCUCUCCCCCCACACCCUACGAAACAUAUUUUACAUAUGCCCUUCUCAUGGUCUCUGCGUAGUAGGCCUAGACUAAUACUUGCCAACUAUUUCUUAAAAUUGACUGUUUUAAAGUCGGGUAGAGAAUCACAAAACGUGUUGUCUAGUCACUGUCGGUAGCUCUUCUUGUGACAGUCAUUUAAACGUCUUUUAGUAAAAGCAAGAGUGUAGCAAUAAUGAUGGCUCCGGUCCAUUUGUGUCCACCAGUAAGUCAUACCACUCAGCCAGCAUACACAUUAUCAGGACUAGGACACGAAAGGAAAGCAGGCUACAGAGGUGCUUCGGCCUGAAAUGGUCCAGUUUGUGGUUUUUGGGGAAAUGAAAAGGCAGCUGAUGUGCAUAAUAUUCAAUUUGUACGGUAUCAUUGAAAUACUGCGUGUACUGUCUAUUAAUGGUUGAAUUUUAAAUGCUUGGUUCAUCCAUUGUUGGUCAUGUAGUCGGGAUUUGCAUCUCUGAAGCCAAACACAACUGCUUUGUUCUAUAUUUAAACCGUUGCCUUCAGAAUGAAAAAAAAAAUCUGUUUGAGUUCUUAAAACAUGUCUUUCUGUGCAAAGUGGUGAUUUACCUGUACAAUCCACGUUUUUUGUACUCUCCUCAACGCUUGGGCUUCGUGCCCCGAUUGUCUGUUUUUAUAGCCAUUGUAAAGUUGUUAAAAGCUUUUUAAUUUUUUCCAAUCGUAACACCGUUUCCACGGUUUUCUCGAAGGGCUGGAUUGUGUCUUGCUGAAGAUGAAAACAAAUGGAAACCUCAAAACCUAUGCGACACUGAACUGUAACCUUUUAAAAAUGUGAAUGCACAAACCUUUACCUUUUUUGAUCUUGCAAAUGAACAAGAGGCAUGACCCCAUAGCGGUCAGCUCGAAGCUUGUUUGGACCGUAUGGAAAAGUAUAUAAAUAAAAAUGCAGAUGUCCGUACAAAAUCAAA